GCCGGGAUGCCGGGAUGGAGGAAGAACACUGGAGCCUCUGCCUCCAGAGGAUGCAGGACGACGACGAUGAUGGGCCUUAUUCGAAAGGGAGCAAAGACUCAGGUGGACUGGACACAGCUUUGGUCUCAAGAAGGCAAAGUAUUCCAGAGGAAUUCAGAGGAGUCACCAUUGUGGAACUUAUUAAAAAAGAGGGAAGCACCCUAGGACUGACUAUAUCAGGUGGCACGGACAAAGAUGGAAAACCAAGAGUCUCCAACCUGAGACCAGGAGGGCUGGCAGCAAGGAGUGAUCAGCUAAAUGUUGGUGACUACAUCAAGUCAGUGAAUGGGAUUAACCUGACCAAAUUGCGCCAUGAUGAAAUAAUAAGCCUAUUGAAGAAUGUUGGAGAAAGAGUAGUAUUAGAAGUAGAAUAUGAGCUACCACUGGCUGCCCCAGAAAAUAGUGCUGGUAUCAUUCCAAAGACCAUAGAUGUGACUCUGUAUAAAGAAGGCAACAGUUUUGGAUUUGUACUACGAGGAGGGGCCCAUGAAGACUGGCAUAAAUCCAGGCCCUUAGUAUUAACAUAUGUUAGGCCAGGUGGUCCUGCAGACAGGGAAGGCUCUCUGAAAGUUGGAGACAGGCUUUUGAGUGUUGAUGGGAUUCCUCUUCACAGUGUGAGUCAUGCUGAUGCAUUAAACAUCCUACGUCAGUGCAACCAGGAGGCACUCUUCCAGAUAGAAUAUGAUGUCACUAUAAUGGAUACAGUUGCCAAUGCUUCAGGCCCUUUGCUAGUGGAAAUUGCAAAGACACCUGGCUCUGCACUAGGAAUCACACUAGCAACGAACACACAUCGGAAUAAGCAGGUCAUAGUCAUUGACAAGAUCAAGCCAGCCAGCGUAGUAGACAGAUGUGGGGCCUUACACAUUGGAGAUCACAUCCUUUCUAUUGAUGGCACUAGCACAGAGCACUGUUCCUUGUUAGAGGCCACCCAGCUCUUAGCUGCAACAUCAGAAAAUGUCAAGCUGGAGAUACUACCUGCUCACCAGAGUAGACUUCCCCUCAAGCCUCCAGACACAGUCAAAGUGCAAAAGAGUGAUCACCACCAUUGCUGGGAUCCCUGUGUCAGCUACUGCCACACCCACCAUCCAGGACACUGCAAGACACCUACCUGGAACCAGGCAUCCAGCCAGGAUUAUUGCAAAUCUCUUGUAGCUGCCAACUUUGCAUCUCCCACACUGAAUACAUCAGGGUUUGCCUGCCAGAAUUCCAAUACUCUACCUCGGAGCAAUCAUGCCAUGAGCCCACGGGCCACCAUGAUGAGGCGAAGACAAAGGAAGAAAGAGCACAAAAGCUCAUUGUCAUUGACUUCUAGUACCAUAGGUCCUGGAGGACAGAUUGUUCACACGGAAACAACAGAAGUGAUUCUAAGAGGAGAUCCCUUGAAUGGCUUUGGACUACAGCUGCAGGGGGGUAUCUUUGCUACUGAAACACUCUCUUCUCCACCUCUUAUCCGAUUUAUUGAGCCUGACAGCCCAGCAGAAAGGUGCGGGCUUUUACAAGUUGGAGACAGAGUACUUUCUAUCAACAGCAUUGCAACAGAGGAUGGGACCAUGGAAGAAGCCAACCAGCUCUUGAGGGAUGCAGCCCUUACUAACAAGGUUGUGCUGGAGAUUGAAUUUGAUGUGGCAGAAUCUGUUAUUCCCAGCAGUGGUACCUUUCAUGUGAAGCUACCCAAGAAAAGAGGUGUGGAGCUUGGGAUUACCAUCAGCUCAAGCAGAAAGUCUGGAGAGCCUUUAAUUAUCUCUGAUAUCAAGAAGGGGAGUGUAGCACACAGGACUGGCACCUUAGAGCCUGGAGACAAGCUGCUAGCCAUUGAUAAUAUCCGACUCGAUAAUUGCUCAAUGGAGGAUGCGGUGCAGAUUUUAAAGCAGUGUGAAGAACUUGUCAAAUUGAAGAUCAGGAAGGAUGAAGAUAAUUCUGAUGAACAAGAAACAACUGGUGCUAUCAUCUACACAGUGGAGUUGAAAAGAUAUGGCGGACCCCUGGGGAUAACUAUUUCAGGGACAGAGGAGCCUUUUGACCCAAUCGUUAUUUCAGGCUUGACAAAACGAGGGCUGGCAGAAAGAACGGGAGCCAUCCAUGUUGGAGAUCGGAUAUUAGCUAUUAAUAAUGUAAGCCUUAAGGGGAAGCCACUGAGCGAAGCCAUUCAUCUUCUCCAAAUGGCUGGAGAGACUGUGACUCUGAAGAUCAAGAAGCAAACUGAAAGGAUUUAUCCAAAAAAAUCUGGAAGUAUGAAUGAAGUGAGUGACCCAGAAGAUGACUUGACUGAUUCUCAGAAAACUAGUAAACUCUCCGAGAUCUAUUCCACCACCAUCCCUAGUGUGGACAGUGCUAUGGAAUCCUGGGAUGGUUCUGGCAUCGAUGCGGGUUAUGGAAGCCAGGUAGGUACAUACUUACCUCAGGCUGUUGGUAUUGCUCUUCAUCCUCAUGAGUGGAGAUCCAGCAGACAGAAGAGCAGCACCCCUCCUGGGGAUCCCAGGAAGAGUUACCCCUUUAUGGAUGGCAGUUUCAGUGAGGAUGACUGGGAGAAGCCCAGCAGAUAUCCCAACCGCCAAAAUGGCCUUGAGACCGCACAUGAGGAUAAUUUUUGGCGUGUUUUUGGAGAAGCUUUGGAGGACUUGGAAACAUGCGGCCAGUCUGAACUUUUGAGGGAAAUUGAGGCAUCCAUCAUGACUGGGAGUGUACACAAUCUGGGCCUUGAUGGGGGCAAGCUGCUCAUAAACUCUGUUAACCAAUCAGGACUGAGCCCACCAAGGAAAGGGAAUUCCAAAAGCUCAAGUGAUGGUCAAGGGAACAGCAAUGGCACUCCUACCAAGAAGAAUGACAGGAACAUGGAUAUUAAGAUGAUGAAGGAAGAGAUCCAGGAAAUCAUGUCCCCCACCCCUCUUGAACUGCACAAGAUGACCCUUUACAAGGAUCCAGAGACAGAAGACUUUGGAUUUAGUGUCUCAGAUGGCUUGCUGGAAAAGGGCGUCUACGUGAAUAUGAUCCGUCCAGAUGGACCAGCUGAUCAUUGUGGACUCAAGCCCUAUGACAGAGUCCUUCAGGUAAACCGCAUCCGAACAAGAGACUUGGAUUGUUGCUUGGCUGUUCCUUUGAUAUCUGAAGCAGGAGACAAACUGGACCUGGUGAUCAGCCGGAAUCCCCUGGCCUUCAUGGCCAACGCCCAGUUAGAUGACCACAGAGAUUUGCCAGGACAGCAGUCCCUGGGUGUGGAGGUGAAGGCCAAUACACAGACACUCUGAUGAUAGGUGGAUUUGGUGUCAGCUGUCUUUGAGGGCCUGGGAGGGGCAAACGGGAUUAUUGGGUGUCUGUUGUGUUUUCCCUCCCCUGUUUUCUUUUGCACUGAUAUUUGUGCGUACUCUUUGUGACGUAACUUGCCAUGAAGAAAUGGGUUUCUAGUUAGUAAUCUCUUGAAGCCUGACAAUUUUGGCCUUGAUGGUCCAAGCUCAGUCUGAUGGAAUAGCUUUGCCUUGGGUUUAACAGAAAAGGUGGACUGGAGGUCUGACAGCAAGAAAGUUGAACCCAGGGCAUCCCACCUGUGAGAGAACAUCCUUUGCUCAUGCUAUGAGCUUCUCUGGCACACGGGGUGAUAGGCCAUAGGCCACCUCUUUGCCCCAGUCUGAAGGGCUUGGAUACAUGGUGCUAUUUUUGUUGUUUGCUUUGUUAAAUCAUGUACAGUGAAAUCUUUAAAAAGAGUCCCUUGUUUCUGUGAAAACCUCCCCUGCACUAUCCCACACCCUUUUCUUAAACCACUGCAAGAACCUUGACUCUCCCCAUCCACAGUUCUCCCAGUGUCUUGCAGAUCACUGUGCCAUGCCAAACUCCCUUAACAAUGUGAGCAGAUUUCACUCACCGAUUUUUCUUUAUUACAAAAAACUGAGUACAUCCUCACAGAAGAUGGCACUCAGACAUGUAGCUCUUUUCUCUUUUUGUCACACCUUGAGCCACAUCUGAGGAAUACAGCAGCAACACUUUCACUACUGUUUGAAUUCAACACUGAAUUUGUCUUCAUCAACUGUUUUAGAAAACACUUACUAUAGAGCACAACUUACAGGACAUGAGCUAUCCUGAGAAACCAGUCAAUCUGUGUGCUGAUUGAUAUAGGGCACCAGAAAGCUCACUCUCUCCCUGGUUGCUUCUCAUAUGUGGGCUGCAUCCAGCUCUUUGCCCUGUCCCUAAUUUUUUGUGGAACAUGGGAAGGGGGGAAACCUUGUAUCCCUUUGUCACUGUUUAGCAUGAGACAUCCUCAGCUAGAUUGAUGUUGUGUCUCCAAGUGCACCCUCUGUGGGCCGUUUUAGUGCAAGUACAAAUGUGUACAUUUUCUUAAUCACUGAUGAUGAUACUGUUUGGCAGCCUUUUGUAAACAGCCAUAGUAGUAGCCCUCUGUUUUCAGUAGUUACCUUCUCAUCCAUGGCUUGUGAGCACAAUGUCUUUGUGACCCCUCAGCCCUACAUUUGCCUCCCUGACCAAAGCCCCUUGUAGUGAUCAUGGGUGUGAUACACACACAUUUGUGCAAUCAUCUGCCUACAGCAAAUGAGUUGGAUUGCAACCAAGGCUGUAAUCUCCUUCUUUCACAUGGUAAAAAUGUCAGGACUUGCAAAUGUCUCUGGCCAGUCCAAUUGCUUGUGCUGGGUCUUCUGAAAUAGCACUUUAUUGUGAUGAUUAUUUGAUUGACCCUUCCCUGGGAACUUUAAUAAGUCCCUGAUCUGGGACACUGGCUCUUCUCUUGUGUUGUAUUUUUUUAAUAUUUUAUUUGAUACAUUAUUAAGAUGCCACGUUUUGGUACAGUUGGGAACCUCCUCCAUUAGAUCAGUGUUGAUUCAGGGCUGAUUGCCAAGUCUGAGUUCAAGCCAAGCUAUGAUUGCAUCUACUCUUUCUUUCAUUUUCUUUUCUUUUCUUUCUUUUUCUUUUGCUGUUUCCCUUCCUGGGCCAUAUCAAAGUAUCAGUGAUUUCCUUAAGAUGUGCAUGGAGUCCCAUUGGGCUGUCUCUAGCUGUAGCCAUUUUCUCUUCUCAAAGUAUGCAAUAUUCCAUACCAUUGCUGCCAUAACCUAGAUAACGUGCCAUAAAAGAAGCUGCAGAGCAUUGACAGUUGAGCAGAAAAAGGAGGUUUUAUAUGCAAUAUUCUCAAAAUGGCAGAAGCUCAACAUGGCUUCAAAUAGGUUUUUAAUGAAAACUUUUAAUAAGGCUUUAAAAAUGGUCCUUGUAUCCCUUCCUAUGCAUUUUGAAUGAUAUGAAAAUGAAAUGCAUUACUUAAAUGUGUAUUUUUAUCCAUAUAUUAGAGUGUAUUCCUUGUAAAGUAUUUUUCUAUGCUAAUUUUCUUAUGUAUCUAUGAAAGCACAAUAUUCAAAGAAUAUUUUAGUCCUGUUUUGGACAUAUUUGUAAAUCUAUGUAUUUAAAUGGUAUUGCAAUUACUUAGAAUUUUUUAAAAAUUAAAUAAAAACAAAAUGA